AGGUCAGAAGGUAGGUGAAAAAGCAGAAGCGAGCGAGUUAAUGUCUGUUUGUUUGAGUGAGCGGAUGAGCGCGGAAAAGAGGGCAGGAGCCGGCUUGCCCACUGCAUUUCUCCACACCCUAAGUGAGAUUGUGGCCGAAAAACCUGAAGCUUUUUUCGAGCUACCCGGCAAAUGUUUCUGGGGAGGGUGGACUCCCAGUAUGCCGAGCGGCCGGAUGUGCCGCCAUCCUUUAGACUCACUUGUCACUGCGCUGAUGUUUUGACAGUAACAAGGAGUGAGGCAGAGCUACCUCCUUCCCCUCUCUGGAUCGCGAAAGAGGUGGGGGGUAAGGGGGCGUGACUCCUUUCUCCGUUGCCCCCUCAGGAGAGAGGCGGUUUCGGACAAGGAACCAGGCAGAGACUGAAAGAACCCUCCUUCUAGGAGCUGCGGAGGGGCCAUGAGUUGCUGAUAGAACCUUGCAAGAGUCGGGGUAGGGUUGCCAGGGAGACCUUCCCGCCCCUUUGGGGGAAGCAAACAUCUUAGACAGAAGGGCCAAUAAGGGUUCCUCCUGAGAGGAAAGACAAGGGAGGGGAUCUGUCUAACAAGGAAGCAGCUGUUCUCUCUUUGGACCUGGACCACAAGCCAGAGGUAAUCUGACCUGCUCUGGGGCUCUUUUUGCAUGUCCUUUACAGCAGAAGGAUUUGAUGCCAUUCAGCCUGUUCACCUCACUGGUGUUUAUGUUCCCCACAGGUUUCUCUUCCCCCCAGCAGCCGUAGCUCAGGAGGUCGGACCUGCCACUGAUGUUAGUAGCAGCAACUCCAAGAAGAGAAAACUAAAUAGCAACAGUAUUGAGUGAGAAGUUGAAUCCAUCUUCUCUUGCUCCUCCCUUCUUUCCAGAAGCAACUCCUCCAUAUCAUCUAUUAUUACUACUACCAGCUCCCUUUUUUCAUCUGGGGUCUCUUCCAACCAUCACCUGCAGAAGAAGGUGUGCUUUAAGGACUCAUUGGACCUUUUUGGACUUGAUGUGAAGAUGGCCGAAGAGUCUUCCCAGCAGCAGCUCAAAAACAAAAGUGUCUUAAUUUCCUCUGUAGCUGUGGGACAUCACACAAAUGGCCUGACCAAAGCUGCCUCCUCUACUGUCUCCAGUUUUGCCAGUGGUAAACCUGGGUCAUCCAAGAAGUUAGUGAUCAAGAACUUUAAAGGUAACAUGAUGAUGCCAUUCUUUAUCUCUGAAAUAUGUAUCUACAUGAGGGAUGGCCUGUACAGUAUAUUGCAGAAAUCUUGCAUGGGUGAGGGCUUAUUCAUUACACUGUGACAUGGAAUCCUUUGUUAGAGGAAGCCAGGCCACUUACCAGGUCUCUGUUACAACUUUAUCUCCAAGUGUAGCCCUUUCUUUUUUGCUAAACCAAAAAACUGUCAGCUGCUCUUUCAUAUAGAAUGCACAAAAGAGGCAUGCUCUGUGGGGUUAAAUCUCCAUGUAACUGGUGACUAGAGGGGGAGGAACAGGGAUUGUUUUUUCUUCUCCAGUGGCAUUCAGAAUUAAGCCAGUCCUCCUCAACAUGGCCACACCCCUUCACUAUACAUCCCUGCUCCAGGUUCCAUUUCUUGCUGCAGUUUUAGUGUGUAAUGGAAUAUGAAGUUUUUAAAAGUACAACGAAAAGAGAAAAAGUCAAGAGCAGCCUAAUUUUAAAUAGUUACAGAUAGAAAUUGUAACUUGGAAAAACCAAGUUUUUGUGAAGCUUUACAGCUCUAUUCCAUAAGUUAGUGGGUGGAGCGUCUCAAGCAAAGCUGUGUGCCAUUCCCUGCGGCUGCAUCAUGCAUGUGAGGACCUCUGCUCUGGAGUAGUAGUACAGUACUUACACAGAAUAGUGCAGAACAUCCUUGACCCUCUCCUAAAACCAUACACAGGAAAUGAGGUGGCAGCACUUCAUUCGUUUCCUUCUUCCUCAGUCGGUUUGGGGUAAAACAUUAGAGAUACAAUCAUCUCUACAAAUGUAAUUUGAAUCAAGCACAGUUGUUUGCCAGAGGCAAUUCAUCUUGUGGGGAAGGGAAGGAGCCUAUCCUUUUCUGGAAUUUUGUGUUCCCCAAGAUUUGUCUGCCUCCAUAAUUUGAGAACCUGUCAGGGUCUUCUAAAGUGACAAAAUAUGGACAGAUGCAAAAAUAUUCCCUCUGGUGUUUGGUUGAGUCCCAGGUAAAAGGACAGGCAGAAAAUGAGAGGGAGCUGAAGUUGAUCUUGGCUGAACCCUCAGAAUUUUACAGCAUGAUGUAAUUAGGGUGUUAAAUUGGGAAUGUGGAGUUCCUUCGAUAAAUUGAACUUCAGCUAACAAAAGACCAUGAACUGCUAUUCUUUGGUUAAUUCUGGUACCUUUAUGGGUAAGAGGGGGAAAGCUUAGAGUGAUACCUGCUCAUACCUGUAAAGCAGGUGUGAAUAUGUUUUUCUUUGGCAUUGAAGAGCUUUGUUGUAUCCUGUUUGGAAAACUCCCUUGUGUCUUUAAAUAUGUCUCAUAAGACAGUUUUGCCUCUUAAGCACAUUAGUUAACUUAUUUAUUUUAAAAGAAAGUAUCUUAAGUAUCUUAUUUCAGGGAAUGACAGCUAGUUAGAAUAUCUUGGUGGUUUGUUUCUUUCCUUCACUCUAUUAAAAAAAGCAAUACAGGUGGUCCUUAUUUUUGUAAUUUUGGCCUCACCAUCAUAAGCACAUUCCUGUUUGUGUACCCUAGAAGUGCAUAUCAAGUUGCCUUUUGUUAAACAAUGUUUGCCUUUCCCAGACACUUCCACUCAUUAAAAAAAAAAAUUCUGCUUCUGACUGGUAAAUGUGAAUCCUGCAGAUGUAUUUCCUGACUCAUAUGUAAAUCCAGUUCUUAUUGAGUACCUAUUUGAUUCUUUUUUUGCUCCUUUUGGGCAAAUGUCUCAGUGUCAAAUUAAUGGUACCACGCAUGUGCUGUGAAUUUGCAUAUCUAGUCUGUGUCUUCUCCUUCCUCUAUAUCAGAGGGCCAGAUUUGAUGAAGUGAACAUGAGUGAGGGCCGACCAAAGUUGUUUUUAGAACUGAGGUUGUUGGGCAUUUUUAGAAUUUAAUCCCAGAAUUGUUGAACUUUUUUUUACAAUUUUACCCCAAAGUUCUUGAGCUUUUCUUAGGAUUGAGGUUGCUGAGGUUUUUUUUUAGGAUUUUACCCCAAGACAUGUACUUCCAUGGGGUUCAGAUUAAAUUGACCGGCGGGCCGGAUUAGGCCCCUGAAACGGACUUUGGACAUGCCUGCUCUAUAUACACCACUCUUACCACAACUGAAGAGUGUGCAAACGUCUGAGGAUGAGGAUAUUUCUUUAGCUGAAUUGGUAGCUCUAGAAUUGGUACUGAUAUCAACUGUACUAGAAAAUCUGGUGACAUCUGGUGUUCAGGUCACAUGUAUUGAUACAUUGCCUGAAACUGGUUUAAAGUUAAAAUCAUGUAUUGGAGUACUUGUCUAAUGUGCAUCUGGUGAUAGAUCCAUGCCAUGAGACAGACUGCUACAUUGUCUACCUGCUGAAGAUUCUGAAAAAUCCUCAAGAGAAGCUUUGCAUACAGCACAUUAUAGUAGAAUAUUUCUGAAGGCAUAAAUGCUUUAUAGGUCUGACUAUGAAAGAAAAUUGGCAUCCUAGUUUUCUACAGGACACCUAUGUAAUUAGCAAAGCUGUCAAGUUCAGUGUGAAUGUCCUCAUGAUCUGCAAUCAGUUGGCUUGAUGGUUCUUUUGUCCUCCCCAAUUCAACUGGUUCACCACUCUGAUGGGGUCAUAGUUUGGUAGAGGUCUGUGCUGUUAAGAGUUAAUGUUUGGUUUUAAUUUGUUUUACUUGGAAGUCACCACUGUGGAUAAAUAAAUUGCAACACUAAAUAACUUCUACCUUUAGCUACUGAUGGGACAGAGUUCCGGUUUCAGCUGGAACUCACAGGAACUCAGUUCCUGCACCUCUCAGGUUGGUACUAUUGCCAUUAUAAGAGAGCAAGGGAAGCAUUCAUGGUGAGUUCUGGCACCUCUCUUUCUAGAAAAAUAGCACUGCUGCUCUCUUAAAAAAAACCCAACAGUUUACAGCAAUAAAACAUAAACCCCUUACAGUAGAAACCAUAUAAACAGACAUUCUUCCUAGGUUAUGAGUUUUAUUUAUUAUUUAUUACAUCAAAUUUAUGUACUGCUUGAUAGUAGAAAAAACCUAAAUGAUUGAUGUCUUACAGAAGUGUGGGUAUUAUAUGGCACCUGUAAAACACUGAAUUCUGCCAAAUGAAGUGGUUGAGUGGGCAGAUGGGUAAGGUGAUCUCAUAAGUAAACUGAUCCCAAGUUAUUAAGGGCUUUAUAUACUAAUAGUAGAGGGACGCGGGUGGCCCUGUGGGUUAAACCACAGAGCCUAGGACUUGCCGAUCAGAAGGUCGGCGGUUCGAAUCCCCGCGACGGGGUGAGCUCCCGUUGCUCGGUCCCUGCUCCUGCUAACCUAGCGGUUCCUAAACACAUCAAAGUGCAAGUAGAUAAAUAGGUACCGCUCUGGCGGGAAGGUAAAAGGCGUUUCCGUGUGCUGCUCUGGUUCGUUAGAAGCGGCUUAGUCAUGCUGGCCACAUGACCCGGAAGCUGUACGCCGGCUUCCUCGGCCAAUAAAGCGAGAUGAGCACCGCAACCCCAGAGUCGGUCACGACUGGACCUAGUGGUCAGGGGUCCCUUUACCGUUAUACUAAUAGUAACACCUUGAACUUGGCCUGGCAGCAAAUCGGCAACCAGUUCAGACCUCUAAGCACAGGUGUUAUAUGCUGAUAAGGCCUCACUCCUGCCAGCAGUUGUGCUGCAGCAUUCUGUACUAACUGCAGCUUUUGGAUAAAGUACAAGGGAACCCCCCUGCCCAAGAGCACAUUGCAGUAAUCCAAUCCCAAAGUAACCUCUGCAUGAAAUGCUGUGUCCAGGUUCUCUUGGUCCAGGAAUGGCUGUAGCCAUCAAACCAGUUGGAGUUGGUAAAAGGCACUUCUAGCCAUUGAGACUACUUGAGCCUCCAGUGACAGAGCUGGAUCCAGAAGCACCUCCAAACUGCAAACCUCCUCCUUGAGGGAGUGUAACCGCAUCCAGGGUAGGCAAUUGGCCAGUUUUUCAGACAUGAACUAACCCACAGUGCCUCCAUCUUACCAGGAUUCAAGCUCACUGCUGUGUCCAGGCAGUAGCCCAGUGACACAGAAGUAAAUCUUGUGGGUCACUAUUGAAAGCUCACUAAAUGGGCCUUUGGUUGGAUCCAGAAGAGCUGUUCUUAUGUUCUUAAAAAAGACACUUUUUAAAAAAAAUAUCUUCCAGAUAAACCUAAACUGCCUGAAAAUUACACAGAUGAAACCUGGCAAAAACUGAAAGAAGCUGUAGAAGCUAUUCAAAACAGUACUUCCAUUAAGUACAACUUAGAAGAGCUCUAUCAGGUAAGUGUCAAAACUUGUAGUGUUCAGAACCAUAGGUAAAGUCCUACAUGACUGAAAGCAAUCCUGAUGUUUUUAGGCCACUUUGUAGGGCCUCAAACAAGAUCCUGAUUUCGAGUGUGGGAAUGAUCUCAUAAUCACUCAGUGAGGUGUGACCUCAGGUUGGACAAAUGGCAUUUCAGAUGACCAACAAGAGCUCCUUCACAAUUUCAUUUCUGGGCUUGUCAAGCGAGAUUUACUUUUUCCAUCAGCCCAGUAGAAAUAUUCAUAUGUUAAUCUGACCUGCUGAUUUCUGGUAUGUUCACUAUUGGCUUAUAGUAGUGCUUUAACAAACACUGGCCACAAUUUUAAGUGUCCUGCAGUUCAGAGAUUGGCAGACUACACUUCAAAGCACAUCUCCAAGGGUGCAGUGCUUGUCUGACCCAAGAUUCUCUAGAUGGAUAUGCUGAGCAGUUUCACAAGGAAGCAAAGGGUCUUAUUGUUGGAAUGGACACUUCCAUCCCAGUUUGCUUCAGGAUUGUGGUGUGCUAGUACAGACUUGUUGUGAAGUUUAAUCAUCCCAGAAGAGAGGGACAGGGAGGCUCCUUUACAGGACCUCUAUCUGGAGUGUCAGGAAGUUCAAGUGGACCUGCCUUCUGAUAUAUAUAUAUAUAUAUAUAUAUAUAUAUAUAUAUAUAUUUAUUUAUAUUAGCCCACUCUUAUAAAAUAUCAAUAUGGUUUACAGCAGUUGAUAAAAUAGGACAUAAAAUACAAUAAAACAUUCUUGGUGUUUACCAAGCUGUGCAGCACUCAACUUGUGAUGCUAAUGGGAAUGAAAAUUAGUACACUAAUCUUGGCUUGUUCUUCAGAUAGUUAAGGGGUAUGCAUCAGUAACUGGAAACAGCUAGAAAAUAAAGUUGCCAGGAGUAGAAUCCAAGUUACAGUAUUGCUAACAAUAUGGAACUUAAGUUGCUUACUGUGUUUUUUCAAAGAGGUUUACAAAAAAUAUAAAAUAAUAAAAUUAUCACUAAAAAAUUGCAACCAUAAUUUAAAACAUACAGAAAGUUCAAACCAUAAUAGAGUAGGCUAUAACAAAUUCAAACUAAAACAAGCUUUCUAAACAUCUCGGUAGGCUUGUUUAAAUAGUAAUGUCUUCAGCAGGCACUGGAAAAAAUACAGUGAAGGCACCUGCCUGAUAUCAAUAGGCAGGGAGUUACACAGUGUUGGUGCUGUCACACUAAAUGAAAUGAAGUACUAACAAGAAUUCGUUCAAAGCGUUAAUUCUAUCAUGCAACAGCAAGCUAUCACUCUGCUUUGGAACACAUUUUUAAAAGAAUCAUAAGAAUCAAGGCCAGAAUGCGGCUUGCCACUCUUAAUUAUUGGCUGAGACUAGCCUCCCUUCUGAGCGGCCUUGCUUCCUUGACUAUCAAAGAUGAUUUCCACUUGAUAUGGAAACGAGCAGUGGAUAAUAUAAUAACUCUAGGAUUCAAUCCACAGUUCUUACUUAGCAUGGGGAACGAACAAGCAAAAACAUUAUUAAACAGCGUGUGGUAGACAUAGAACGACAAGCAGACCUAACCAGGUCCCCCAAUUUUUUAAUUAGCAAAACCAGAAGAUACUCAACUUCCCAAAUGCCAUACAUAGCUAAUCUUGAAAUACCAAAACAACCAAGGGCUUUCACCUUGACCCGUUGUCAGGCCCUCCUUUCAGCAGUACAGGAAGGCCGUUAUAGGAAGAUACCAUAUGACGAGAGGAAAUGCCCAUGUGGCUCUGGGCAGCAGGAAACAACGGAGCAUGCCCUUCUUCAUUGCCAGUAUUACAUAGACAUUUGAGCCAGGUUUAUCCAGCCCAUCCUAUGUAAGUUCUCUGGGCAUUCAGAACAACACUACAUCUCCCUAUUACUACAGGAUGAAAGCCCAGAAGUGACAUAUUUCGUCGCCAGAUUUUGCACCACCAUGAUAGAUAUUCGCCGAAGGAUGGUCUAUGUUACUAAUCAGACCUAAAUAGAAGGCCCAUAUUGUUAUAUCCGCACUUCUGAAGCCCCAUCCCAUACAGCUGUUCUUUUUUAACUGAUCUCUCUUAAAUUUUCCUUAUUGGUUUUUAUUCAUCCAUUAUCUAUGCUUAAUCAAGUAUUCUAUGUAUAUGUUUUAAUCUACGUUUGGUCCUUGCUCCCAAUUAAUUUAAUAAUUAUCCACUUAGAGAUACAGUUAUGCUAUUUAUUUAGAUGUUUUGCUUAUGCUGGUCUGUGAACAUAAUAAAGUAAAUUCAUUAUAAAUAAUAUAAAUAAAUAUAAAUAAAUAUAAAUAUAAAUUCAUUAUAAAUAAAAUUUAUUAUUAUUCAUUCAGAAUUCUUUCAAAGCAUUAAUUCUAUCAUGCAACAGCAAGCUAUCACUCUGCUUUGGAAUGGCAUCAGAAGUAGUGUUGAAAGCUGCAACCAAGGUGUAGGCAGUGGAAAAAUCAGAGGAGCAUGUUCCUCCAUUUAUGCAAGUAGCAGUGCCUUGUAUUUACUCAAAAACGUAUCUGGAUCACACCCCGUGUGCUCAGAAUUUUCAGGAUAGUGGCCAAUAACAAGGGAUAUUUUGCUAUGGUUUGAAAUUAUGUUACUUGUGAUUGUGCUUCUCUAGAUCAGUGCCUCAGGUAUAUAUUUCAUUGACUACAAACAGUUCUGUAAACUCAAAACCUGUUAUAUUUCUUUGUUACUGUUUGUAUUUCAUGUUAGGUCUGUAUAAUUUUUAGUGGUGAUAUUGUAAAGACAUUUGCUGACACAGGGUGAUAGUCAACUAAGUCCUACUCAGAACACACCCAUUGAAAUUCCUGAAACUAAGCCAAAUCCGUUAACUUCGCUAGGUCUGCUCUGAGUAGGACUAGUGUUGAAUACAACUCUUAACUUUGAUCUUGUAAUUGUCUGGUGAUGCCACAUCAGGUCGGCCUGUUUUUUUUAAACUCACCUGGAAGAAAUAAUUUCAGCUUGUGUUCUUUUGAGAGCUGACGUGUAAAUAAAAAGCUAUAUAUUGCAGAUGGAGUUCUGAAAAUGUUUGUGGAUUACUUUCAUAUAUCCUUUUCUUUUUUUAGGCUGUUGAAAAUCUCUGCGCAUAUAAGAUUUCUGAAAAUUUGUACAAGCAAUUAAGACAGAUUUGUGAAGACCAUAUCAAAGCACAGAUCCAUCAGUUAAGAGAAUAUCCUUUUUGA